AAAGCCAUACCAUUUCUCCUCAGCCAGCCAUUCCUCGUCUCCUAUUCCCACCCAUUCCUUUCUUCCUUCCUCCCUUCCCUUCAGCAGCCACCCUAAAUAAUUCACCCAUUAUUACGCCAAUAAUUAAUUACCCACAUUUAAUUACGCCUCCUCUCCUUAGUUAACCCAGGAGCUAAAGAACAUCUUCGAGUCGGACGGGACGAUAGCCAAGGUCGCGAACUCAAAAAUCACAAGUCAUAAAAAAGAAUAAAUAACGAGGAUCAGCUGUUACAGAGUGCUGGAAGGAAUAAGGGAGACAAACCAGCCUGAAGGGCGAGGAGGAUAACCAAGGAUAAGAGAAAAUACACAGCGAUAUACUUUGUUUUGCACACUUAAAGAAACUGAGUAGGAAAUUUGAAAAAGACUGGCGUGGUUGUCCGUUACGCGUAGUGUUGAGUGCAUGCUUGGGAUGCAAUAUAAACCGUUCGUUCAGGACAAUACAGGGUCGUCCUGCUUCCCUUCGCUGCAUAGCAAGAUUAUUUGGCACUUUAUCGCUAAAUAUCUAAACGAGACCUUGGAGACGAUUAUAAAUCUGCUGGAGUCUGAGCAGUUUUCAAAUUAGUCCUACAAACCUGCAAGAAGCGAAACGAGACGUAAAUAGUCCAGAUCAUCCUGGAAGGGAUCGCCUCCAUCGUGAUGCCGUGAUGAACCACUACCACUAUUUAGUCGUAAAAACUAUAACAAGACUUAACUAGCAUUAGCAAUAGCACUAACCCAGCACUAACUCCAACGUCCGUCCCUGCAACAAUAUCUAAACCAAUACCCAAUCAAACAAUCCAAUCCACACCGCAAGGGUCCAUUCGUGCAAACCAUAACUUUUCACUAAAUAUAUCACGAAAUUGAAUGCAAGAAAUUCCAAAAUGGGGUGGGGUAAUCAACCCGUGACGACAGCUUCUGGAAAACGUGGACGUCAUUCUAGUGAAGAUAGUCGAAAUACAAAGGGGGAUACGAGCAGGAGUUGUGGUGGGAGUAAGAGUUUUUUGGGACAUUGCGGCAGCUCGAAACCUGAGAAUUUGACUGAAGAAGACAUGAAGGCUCAUUUUGGGAAGAGGGCACGAGACGUUUCGCCCUUGAAUGAUGCAGACGGCCCAAGUAGUAGUAGCAGCAGCAGUUGUACAAGCGGUACUGGCGAUUUGAUAGAUGUGCUUCCAAAUAGACUGACGAUUAGUGGAGUAGACAGCGGCGCCACCACCUCGGCAGUACAGACGCCAGGCAUUGUAGGUUGCUCAAAGAAUAGCCUUCACUUUGAGAGUUCUUCCUCCAACCCCGACUCUGCCGUGAUAUCUUCAUCAGUAGACUCACAUGACCCGAGUAACAAACCUUCCACAUCCCGUAUUACUGUGUCGUCACAGGAAAAGUUUUACGAUUUAGGAGACUUGAAAAUUAGAACCUCGCGAUUAAGACCAUUGACUAACGGUGCACCCAAGGCACAAAGAGGACCACGAGUUUCUGCUGCAAGAUUACGAACGGCCUACCCUAGAAAGAUGACGAGUCCGACUAAAAAGCCUCACAAGAGUAGCAGUGGUACUCAUAGUAGUGGCAGUAGCAGUGGGCUAAGUACUGCGUCCACGUCUAAUGCGAGUAGCACGUCCACAUUUAGUGAGGAAGAUGGAGGAUAUGUCGAUAUAGACUGCGAGGAGGUUGAUUCGACAGAGGGUGAGGCAGACUCUGAGGAAUCUGUUGACGACGAAGUCUCCACUGCGUCUACCUUCGUCUCCGUCGACAUGCUUCCUGUGGAGAAUGUCAGUCUCGAAAUUGUGCCUGCAAUUCGUCCGUCGUAUUUCCCUCACGUGCCGCCUUACAUCAAUUUCUGCCUAUCAACGAACCAAAGAACUGAACCUUUACCUAGGGAAAUUCAAAAACAUUUAAAGUGGAGGUUGUCCAAUAUUACACCAGUGGUUGUGAAAAAAACGUUAACUAAUUCAGGUUUUUCUCUUCUCCGGAAAACGGUAGAAUGGGGCGGGCAUUGGGGUCGCCACAUGAAGGCUGCUUUAUUCAAGACUUCAAUCAAAGACUUUCAAAAACUGAACCAUCUUCCAGGAACGUUUCAAAUUGGAAGAAAGGACCGCCUGUGGCGCAAUAUUCAGAGAUUCAUGAAUAAAUUUGGAAAAGAAGAAUUUGGAUUUAUGCCCAAAACGUUUAUUCUCCCAAUGGAAAUUAAACAAUUGAAAGCUGCCUGGGACUCGUCCGAUACCAAGAAUCAGUUGUGGAUUGUAAAACCACCUGCUCUUGCAAGAGGGACUGGGAUUCGUGUGGUUAACAAAUGGAACCAAAUUAAUAAAAAGAAGCCAAUCAUUGUUCAAUCCUACAUUGGAAACCCGUAUCUUAUUAAUGAUCGAAAGUUUGAUCUUCGAAUUUACGUUCUCGUGACAAACUUUCACCCUCUAAAGGUAUACAUCUAUAAUGAUGGAUUGGUUCGAUUUGCACCAGUAAAAUACUCAAGCGAUACGAAACGCGCAAGUGAUCGGUUUAUGCAUUUAACAAACUAUUCAAUCAACAAAAACUGUGAACUAUACACCCAAAACGAGGAUGCCGACGCGUGUGAAGGACACAAAUGGACACUCAAAACAUUGUGGCGUCAUUUUGUCAAGGAUGGAAAAGAUGUGACUAAACUCUGGAGUCAAAUUGAGGAAAUUGUGAUAAAAACGCUAAUUUGUGCCGAAGAACCGAUUGUGUCCUCAACAACGUGCUACCUUCCAAACCUCUACAAUGGUUACGAAUUGUUUGGCUUUGACAUUAUUUUGGAUGCUGAGUUCAAGCCGUGGUUACUUGAGGUGAAUAUCAGCCCUUCCCUCCAUUCCUCCUCUCCACUCGACCUUGCCGUCAAAGGGCCCAUGAUCAAGGAGCUCCUCAACAUUGUCGGCUACCAUUUGCCACCCAAAUUGUCUCCCCUUUUGAAGUCGAUGUUGUCCAGUAGUUUGGAUGUCACGCUGGAACUGGAAACACCCGUAUUUGACAAAAGAAUUUAUGUAAACAACAGCCUCAGCAAAGAGGAGCAAUCUAAGCACAAGUUUUAUAAGACAAAAUUUGAAAAACGAAGUGAGUAUUUGGAGGAUUUGAUCGAGACGCUGACUCCAGACGACGUUCGCCAACUAAUCCUUGCCGAGGACGAACUAAGCCAAUGUUACAAUUUUUAUCGAAUCUAUCCUACAACCUCCACGCACACGUACACCCCUUACUUCGAACUCCCUCGAUAUUACAAUAUGCUGUUUGACGCUUGGGAAACCAAGUAUCACGAUGACCGAAGUCAAGCUGUAGCACGACUAGUGCUUCUUUGUAGACAAAAGAUUCACCUCCAAGUUCCCGUUAAUGCGGGGAGCAUGAUCUCCGAGAGCCAGGUCAUUGAAGAUACCACCAGCGUCAGCAGCAUUCUAAGUUCCAGUGAUGAUCAACAAUCUACUGCUUCCACGAAAAAUGGCAAGGAAACAACACAUGAAAAGAAGGAGAUUAUCACUACCGAUAUUUCUGCUGAUGUUGUUUCCAGUCCCUCUCCGCUUCAAAAUUUGACUGAAACUACUCUAGAGAUUUGUCAGACUGACGAGAAACUGAAUUAUUCCUCCUCUCCUACUCCACCCGCUUCAAUUACUUCUGUGUUAUCACCAUCACUUCCAACUCCUGCACCCACCGUUCUAGACAACAUCACCAACAAUUGUGCGAGUCGAUCGUUAGGCUCCUCAUGUCCAUGUCACCCACCGUCAAGUUUGGACCGUAGUAACAACGCUUUAAACGGAGGAAAACCGCCAAACGCCAAUUCAUCCAUUCCAUCUAAAGUUGCUGAUCUUCCAAAGGGAAUUUGCUUUUAACGGAUCAAUGCAAAGGUUUGUGGACACGGUGACUUAUAAUAAUUGUAAAGGUUACUACGUCGUAAAUACUACGAUUUAAACUCUGCAUGAUUUAUGAAAUAUGUGAUUCAUGAUUUUGUUUUAGUAAUAAUUGACCAUUUGCGUGAACCAUAAACAUUAUAAUUAUUUAUGGAUUCUUUCCACCCUCUCAUUAUUUAUAAAAUUGUUUUGAAGCAGCCAAGAAGGACUAUUUAAUAAACUUGCCAGUUUUAUUUUCCUUCAA